UUCAGCUUUAGUUCUGAGAGACUAUAUUUUUUUUUUCUAGUAAUUAAAGGAUCGGAGAAACAUGAGGAACUGGGUUGCUAGUUUUACUCUUUUUGCAUUGCUGCUCUCCUCAUCUUUCCUUGACAUCGCAAUGGCUGAUUCAAGUUUGUGCAAGUCGAAGUGUGAGGUGAGGUGCUCAAAAGCAGGGCUAAAGAAGCGUUGCUUGAAGUACUGUGGAAUAUGCUGUGAAGCCUGCAAAUGCGUGCCCUCGGGAACUUAUGGGAACAAGUCAGAAUGCAAAUGCUACAGGGACAAACUCAACUCCAAGGGGAAAUCCAAGUGCCCUUAAUUCAAUUAUAUAUAUUAUAUUAUUUCUAUUUCUAUGUCAUGCUCAUGCAUGCUGUUUCAUGUUAUCCACAAUAACUAAAUAAAUAAAUUUACCAUCCUUGUAUCAGUUUAA